CCGAGACGGCGGGUUGGCGGGCAGCGACCUCGGCCCUGCGAUCACGAUCACGCUAAUCAUUACUUCGCUCGGCAGGCUUGGUUUCCGGUUCCGUUUUCUGCUUCUGCUUUACCCUUGUGGAUUGUGGAAACACGUGUUGCGUGUUUACUAAACGACAUCCAACCAAUGCAAUCGAUGCACAGAUGUUCAUUUCAUAACCUACGAAUGGCGAGUGCUAGUCGUACGGGACGAGACAUAGUUUCCAAAAUGAGCACCAUGGCUCAAGAAAUUCCGAAACAAAAAAAACCAUUAACUUUCGAAGUGAUUGCAGAGUGUACAACAACCAAAGCGAGAACUGGAAAAAUGACUAUCGUUCAUCAACAAGUGGACACACCGGUUUUUAUGCCGGUCGGAACACAAGGAACUCUAAAAGGUUUAUUGCCACAGCAAUUGGAACAAAUAGGAUGUCAAAUAAUGCUUGGAAACACAUAUCAUUUAGGCACAAGACCGGGUCCAGAAAUUAUGAAAAAAGCAGGGGGAUUACAUAAAUUUAUGAAUUGGAAACGAGGUCUUCUCACAGAUUCCGGUGGUUUUCAAAUGGUUUCGCUACUUAAGCUCGCUGAAAUAACUGAAAAGGGAGUUAAAUUUACUUCACCUUAUGAUGGAUCAGAAUGUAUGUUGACACCAGAACACUCCAUAGAAAUUCAAAAUGCAAUUGGAGCAGAUAUAGUUAUGCAACUGGACGAUGUUGUGAGUAGCACAACAACAGGACCUCGAGUCGUAGAGGCUAUGGAAAGAACAACUCGCUGGCUCGAUCGAUGUCUUGAAGCUCAUCAAAGGCCAGAAGAACAAAGCAUUUUUCCAAUAGUCCAAGGUGGUUUGAAUGCUGAAUUGCGAAUGGAAAGUGCAAAAAGACAAUCAAAGCGCAAUGUAAAUGGUUUUGCUAUCGGUGGCCUCAGCGGCGGAGAGAGCAAAAAUGACUUUUGGAGAAUGGUGCACCUCUCGACAGAUUUGUUACCAAAGGAUAAACCACGCUACUUGAUGGGCGUUGGUUUUGCAGUCGAUCUCGUCGUCUGCUGUGCUCUCGGUGUUGACAUGUACGAUUGUGUUUUUCCUACGAGAACCGCCAGAUUUGGUUGUGCUCUGGUGAGAACGGGACAGUUGAACUUACGUAAGGGAAUCUACGCGAGUGACAAUAAUCCAAUAGACGAAUCAUGUCACUGCAGUACUUGCAAAACAUAUACCCGAGCUUAUCUUCACCACGUGGUGACCGUUGAGACUGUCGCCUGUCAUUUAUUGACGGUUCAUAAUAUUGCCUUCCAAUUGCGACUUAUGCGUGAUAUUAGGGAAAGCAUUUGCGAAGAUAGAUUUCCGAAGUUUGUCAAAGAUUAUAUGCUCGAUGUGUAUCCGGAUAAAGAAUAUCCAAAAUGGAUCGUUGACGCAUUGAGUGCUGUGAACAUCGAGUUACACUGAAAACAUUUUCUCAAGACUCCAUUUUUGCUAUUAUGGAUUGAAUUUUCGUCUUCGCAGACGCAGUACCUGUUAAAAUGAAGAACACUUGAUAAUUGACAUUGAAUAUUUUCUAAAAUGCAAUGGAUUAUUGGCGUUUGUACCGUAAUUCAGUAGAAACAGUCUGUAUUUUUAAUAACUGCUUAUUUAUAACAUUAUCAUGGCGACUUAGCUUUUAAAUGAAACAAAUAUUAAUACUAUAAUUUCCGAUUAUCACAUCGUAACGUUUGGUACAUUGUUCGGAACUGUAGUUUUUCAUUGACAGUAGUGAUUUUGUUAAACGAUUUCGCGAAAAAUUCUACUGGUCGAUCGAGUAAGUAGCUUUUAUAUCAUAUAAUUCAAAGGGUUCGAAUAGGAUUAUUUUAAGGAAGUUGAAGCGAUAUAUAUAGGACAUCAUACGAAAAUACAUUAGAUUUUAUUAUUCCAAA